UGAACCGUGUAGUGUCGGUUAGGUGCGCCGGUGACGCAGGAUGUCGGCUCCGCGCGCGCUGCUGCUGUACACGGAUGACUCGGUGGAGGUCCAGUACCGGGAUGGGGCCAGGCUGCUUGUUUCUCCGUGCGGGACCGAGUUCAUGUAUGAGCGGCCCCAGGCUGCAGCUCACCAGGUGCAGAGGCCGCAGAGGGGACGUCAUAGGACGGAGUUCGUAACCAGCAGCUGCAAGGAACAAGUUCUUCAGGCGCUAAGUUUUCGCAACACCUUUUCCAGCCGACCAUUCUUGCCCUGUAGCCUGAUACCUUCAGAGGAGAUCAUGACUCUUUUGGCUGAGAUCUCUGAAGUGACAUGGCCCGCUCUGGAGGACGAUACCGGUUGUGUGACACACAUGGAGGAUGGCACUGUAAAGGUUUCCUCGUUGGAUGGGCAUGCAGAUUUAUACAUGAACACCCUACAGAAAGAAUUCACUGUGAAGUUUUUAUGCCAGCUCAGCUGCGCCCCCUGUGAGGAAGAAAAUACAAACCACAACAAAGUGAACGCCGACCCCAAGACUGCCGGGAUCAAGACCACAAAGAACAUGAACAGGUCGAAAUAUUCAUCCUGCGUCCUCCAAGAGGAGCCUCCGUCAUGUCUGACCAAGCACGCCUCCCAGUACACCUGGUUGGUGCAGCGCUUCUCUGUGGCCGACUGUCCACCGUCCUUUCAGUAUCCCAUGGACUUGGCUCUUCUCUUCCACAGGAAGUUAGCCCAAGAAGGUGACACAAAACAGUUUGUGGACACUGAUGAGACCAAGUCCGAUUUCCCAGAUAGAAGAACGGUGUCUGCGUUACCAAGAGCAUUACCUCUAACCUGUCCUGCUGCACACAUGCACAGGAUGAGUUAUUGGAAGGCCUCUUUGGAAGAAGGAGACAAGUUGGCAGUAAAUUCAUUGCCUUUGAAAGUGGUGAUCUACGACGGCGCCCUGUACAGAUUCAUUUUGGAUGGAACCAAUGUGGUGGAAAUUCACCCAGGCGAUGGUUCCAUUUUUAUUUCGGAGGGCGACGGUAUGGGAAAAUAUUUCCAACACUUCUUCAUACAAACAGAUGCUAAACAGGUAGAAGACCGGCUGUAUACUGCCAGAGAUCUCCCUCCGGACAAGCCUCGAGCUCUGUAUUCUGUGCGCUCCGUCAUAUCUCAGGCUAGAAGGUUUUUGGAAUUUUGCUGCAAGCACAAGCUCUCCUUGAAUCCUGUCUCUCACACCUGUUGCUGGAGGACGGGAUCUGGGCCUGACUCCAGAGCUGUCAUUCCACUGCUGCUUGAGCAAUCUUUCAUCCCGAACCAGGGCAGGUUUGCAGCAUAUUCUAAUAACACGGUGUGUGCGAGCUAUCUGGAUGGCGUCCUUCUAUACAUGAUUUGGAAUUUUGCCAACUUUAAUAAAAGUCAAGAGUGUCCAGACAGCACAGUUCUGCAGAAAUCAUCCAGCACAGUCAGACAUGAACGGUUCAGUUGGUGCUGUUUGCGCUUUCCAGAUGGAUCGUCCAAACUGGUAGAAAUGGAGGAUUCUGGAGAAUAUGCAAGCUAUGUCGGAACCGCUGUGACCUGGUGCAGAUGGCUGGAUGAGAAGUCAUUGGGAGAAAGGCAGACCCCCAGUAAUACGGAAACUGACUUGGUGAAGGGAUUUGGGACGGUAGCACGUGAGCUUGAAAAGAUUCAGAGGUUUAAUUUUCUUUUGGAGAAUAGCAGCAGAAAGGAUCACAGAAUUCCCAGCCACCCGGGUAAUGCUGAGGGCGUGCAAGACGAGAUCAGUGAAAUGGAUAUACAGUCUAUUCUGGAGAAGACCUCAAAAGCCAUACAAGAUAUUGACUUGCUGCUUUCUUCUAGAAAGUCAUAAUUGCAGAUAUGAGUCAGGAGGAGAAGCGUGUUCUUUAUACGAAGGAAAUGAUGAAGCGUAUUCACAGGCAAGGGAUGUUCUCCAUUCCUGUGGCUAAAUCGGGAGCCUGAGCUCGUUCAGUGUACAAGGUGAUGUCACCAGAUUCUCGCUUCCUAUUUGUGGUGGCUCAAGCCUGGCAAGGAAACUUCGUGGUGGGAUGAUUCUUCUACAGAAUCGUGCAACCCCCAUCAAGUCUUGCCCACUGUGUCUUGUAGGGGUCCUUAACUACACAAAAAAACUUGUACCUGCUGGAUUUGUUAUUCAUGAGACUAGGUACCUCGAGUCUCAUAAAAGCGAAUGUAGCAGUGCUCAUGGACGCGCGCACUACUGUUAUAUUUACAGGGGGUCCCAGCGGUUGGCCUCCUUGUGACUAUACCUUUGUCUCCUAUCCUGUGGAUGGAUAGAUAAAUGUUGUUCAUGGGCUAACGCCUUUAUCUUUGUGUGUGAGGUAGGGCAGGGGACUCGGAGCUCUGUUUUUGGGGGGCUCUGCUUUAGAUAAACUGCGGUCCUAGCCCUCUCCAGAUGUAUUAUGAAAUUAAAGUG